UAUACGUUUGUCAAUUGCGAGCAGUUAUAAUAAAACGUAAAACAAAUAUUAUUAAUUUUAAUUGUGUAAUGUGUGGAGUUGCUCCAGAUCGAACGUCACGGCCAUGAUGGAUAUCGGAUGACGGGUUAUUACUUUAAUUUCCGAUAAACUUCUGUAGAAAAUAUCAAAUUACAAAACGAGAACAUGUAAUUCUAUUGCGUCGUUAUUGGGGUAGAAUUCCAGUUUGAAUUGUAAAGAGAAUCGUUGGGGAAGUGAAUAAUAGGGGCUCGGAAUGCCGUGAAUGAGGCAUUAUAGUAAGGGUUAAAUCCUGUUCUGGUUUGCUGUGGAAUGCCUGCUAAGCCAGUUGGUAAACGCGAGUCGUAUCUGCAACUUUGGCGAGAGUUUGUUGGCCAUCAUCACGCUUAUAAUAACGCCGCUCAAAGGCGCGUUGUUUUUAUUACGCCGGCUGCUAUGAACAUUGCGACGGUUGUUCCAGUCCCUGAGACUCCGAUUGAUGAUUCAGUGAGUGAGCAGGAUGCGAAUUCUUAUAAAGGACGCGCGAAAGAUUUCUUAGGAUUAGAAGAAGUUUCUAAAAUCGAGUUCUUAGUUCCACUAUUCAGUGAAGCACUCGGUACAUUUUUAUUGGUUUUAAUUGGAUGUGCAUCAUGCAUCACAUGGGAGGAAACAAAACCACCGACAGUAAUUCACAUCGCAUUUACAUUUGGUCUCGCAGUUGCUGCACUAGCUCAGGUGUUGGGACCAGUGUCUGGAUGUCAUGUGAACCCUGCGGUCACGGCGGGUCUUGUCGUUAGUGGUAAAUGUUCAUUGUUGAGAGCUAUUUGUUAUAUUGUUUGUCAAUGUUGUGGUGCUAUUGCUGGUGCUGCUGUUUUGAAAGUCGUCAUACCGCCGGCGAUUACCUCCCACGGAAUAGGAGCGACGUCAUUGGGUGACGGUAUAGACAGUGGUCAGGGAAUUCUAAUGGAGGCAAUAGUGACAUUUCUUUUGGUCCUCGUCGUCCACGCAACCACUGAUCCGAAACGUCGCGAUACCGUCGGCUGGGCCCCUUUGGCCAUCGGGCUGACAAUAACUGUCGCUCAUAUGGCCGCGGUUCCUGUCACGGGCAGCAGCAUGAAUCCCGCGAGGUCUUUUGGGCCUGCGGUGAUUCUUGGAUCUUGGACUCAUCAAUGGAUUUAUUGGGUCGGUCCGGUCAUUGGCGGGAUUGUUGCCGGUGGGCUUUACAAAUUGGGACUACGCGCCAAGUCCAAGGAUGACGACGAAGCUUCUUAUGAUUUUUAAAUUAUUUUACGGCUGAUGAUUAGGGCAUUGAUUUUUUUAAUUUUAGUUUUUUAAUUAUGCAGCUCUUAUUAUUUUUUACAUAAAAAAUUUUCGCGGUUUAUUUAAAUUAAUUUUUAAAUUUUAUCCCAACUUAAUAUUU